AUGCUCGCCGCCACCACCGCCUCCCUCCCCGCGCCCCUCCGCCGCUCCCCGCGCCCGACCUCCUCCGGCGCUUCCCAUGGAUGCGCGAGCGGGACCCACUCUCUCCACGCGCGUCCCCGCCGGCGGACUUUAGCCUGCCGCGCGGAGCUGCAGCAGGACGCGCCGUUCGUCGCCGCGAUUGGCGCCUGCGUGCUCGCCUCCCUCGCGCUCCCGCCGCCCAGAGUCCGCGGAGAGGCGGCGGAGGAGGAGGACGACGGGGAGUUCGGCGCGACGGACACGAGGAUGGGCGUGAUGGGCAUCAUCUCCUUCCUGCCUUACUUCAACUGGCUGAGCUGGGUCUUCGCGUAUCUGGACGGCGGGAGCAAGCUGUACCUGGUCUACGCGGCCGUCUACUUGGCUCCUUACCUCAGAACGAACUUGUCGCUGUCCCCUGACGAGAGCUGGUUACCAAUUGCUAGCAUCUUCAUCUGUAUUUUACAUGUUCAGCUAGAGGCAGCCAUCAGGAGUGGUGAUAUUGAGGGAUUCAAGUUCGUUGAAAAAGCGCAGAAGCUUUUCUUUCCCACUACUAUAAAAGAAAAGGAUGCUCACCGUGGAAAGAAGAGAGAAUCUCUUGGAACGAGCCAGCGGAACACAAGAAUACCGUCAGCACAUGAAUCCAGAGAAAAGCUUCGCAAUUCAGAUAUCUUCAAGAGAAGACUUGAUGAUCCCAACGAUGAGAAACCUAAGAAAUCAGACUGGCAUUGAAAGCAGCAAUGGGGCUCCUUUCUUGUGCAUCGCCGGGAACAUGUAUUGGCUGGGUGUGAAGCUGAAUCGGAGUUGUAGCCAGCUUGUAAGUCUGUGUUUUCAUAUUUCUAGUGUUGAAAUAGGUAUUAGGUGUAGCUAGUUUCCAAGGAAGUGUGCAACCUGAUGGAGUGAGCUAGUUGCUGAGACACACGGUGAUCUCAGGUUCUGUAUGAUGUUGUAUUGUUCUCCUAAACAUGCACGAUAGCGCCUGCUUGCUCUCGGGGCUCAUCCGAGGUUAUGUAUGUGAUUAUGUAUUGAUCUCAAUAUUUUUUUACUGAGAGCUUGUUUGAUACUAA